CGGCAACAUGAUGCCUGAUGAUUGGGGAUCUAGUAGCCUCUGAAACGUCGAAUAUCUCCGACCGUGCAGAUGAUGUGUCUUCUUGCCACCGCAACACAAGGAAAGGACUUGCGACUGUCGAGUGCCCGGGAAACCGAUCCUUCCUCUGUAACGAGGGUCGGAGAAUCCGAGAAAGGGUAAACUCACCCUCAAUGCCGACCGAGCAAUGCCGUUUGUCUGUUCGCUGUGGAGUAGUCCGUGCCCCAGAUCAUGUCUUACCUCUUGGCUUUUACUCGUGAUGUGUGUCGAUAUCGCCAAUGGCAAGAUCUGGCUGGCUUUGCUCUACUGCCUUGAGUUGGAACUUGUAACGCCUAUGUGCGGCGAAUCUCAGCUUUCCAUAACGGAAACACCUUGGCAGUUCAUGGUCCAUCCAAGUCGGUCACUUCUGAUUCUGGUUGGCAGUUCAUGGCCCGACCUUAAUCUCCGCCAUCCUUACAAGUUCGGGAUUUUCACCGUUCUUUCGUCCGUCUAAUUUGCCCCCCAGGCAGACAGAUGGGCAAGAGAUCACUAUUUAGCCAGGAUGAGAGAGGCCCUGGAUUCCUAGCAACCGAUCGGCGUGGUAUCCCAACAUUCCAACCACCCUACCGCAUAGGGAUCGAUCGACAGGGACCACAACACGUUACUGCUCGGGAAACGGAAUGCUUUACCCAGUUUGAGUCUCUCUUCACUGUUGUCCUCGAUACCGAGUCGUAUCAAGUCACUUCCUGUAGCCACCUGGGUG